UGUGGUAGGGCUACGACAAUUACUAAGGCUUGGACAAAUGAAAAUCCUGGUAGAAGAUUUGUUAGAUGUGGUGUUCAUGGCUUCAUCAACUGGGCAGAUGCAGAGAAGCCAUUUGGUUGGCAAAAACAGAGCUUAUUGGAGGCUAGAGAUGAGAUUCGGCAGCUAAGCGAGUGUAUAAAGGCUUUGAGGGAACAGAAGGUGAGUGUCUCAGUGUCUGGCUCAAACGACCAUUUGAAGAAGUAUGAGGAAGAGAAUAAUAAGCUUGAGGAAGAGAAGAAGAAGCUUGUAGAAGAGAAGAAGAAGCUUGAAGAAGAGAAGAAGAAGCUUGAUGAAGAGAAGAAGACACUUGCAAUUGAAGUUAUGGGUGCUAAUGAGAGAGAAAAAAUGCUUAGGCAAUUGAUUGUGUUGUCUUGGGGAUGUUUCAUUGUUGUCAUUGGGAUGUGCCUUGGAAUGGGAAAGAAGUAGGUCCUAGUUCAUUGUCUUGUUCGGGACAUAACGUUGUUGAUGCUAAGGUUGUUUGUUGUUUUGUUAUUGGGGAACCUUUGUUGUUGUAAAACUUUAACUCUUUGUUUCGAUAAUCAAAAUGCUACUUUAAUUG